AUGGAUUCGACGCUGGUUCCCCGGCCGCGGCCACGCCCAGCGCAUACCCAGGGAACGACUCGCUGCGCCUACACGCCCGAUGGCGGACGCCUCGUCACAGUCGGCUCCAACAACACGAUUCGCCUAUACACGACGGGCUCCGACGGCGAGCCGACCAACAUUGACGACUGCCAGGAACAAAACAUUGCCGUCGCCACCAGCAAGACCGACUUUGUCGUUGGCUCCGAGGACGGCACCGUCAGCCUGUUCUCGCUCGCCUCAGCCGGCUUCGAGCGCUUCCUUCUCCGCACAUCGUUACCCAUUCGCGACGUCGCACUCUCCGAGAGUGGUAAAUGGUGCGCCGUUACAAGUGACGAGUUGACCGUCAAGAUUGUCAACACGCAAGACACAAGCCGCGUGCUGCAUCUGCGCGAACACGGACGACCGGCCCGCCACGUCAGCUUCGACCCCAAGGCCAGCGUCGUGGCGCUCUCCGGCAUCGACGGCAUUGUCUAUAUCUACUCGCUCACCGCGGAUGAGCCUGAGCUUAUCAGGCGAGUCGACGGCGUCAUUGGCGCGCUCGACACCGACAGCACCGCCAGCUCCAAGGCCACCUGGCAUCCUGACGGCAGGGCCUUUGCCGUGCCGACCCCGACGCGAGACAUUCAAGUUAUUUCUAAAAACGACUGGGAGAAGCAGCGCUGCUUCGAGAAUGGCCACCUGGGAGACGUUACUGCGCUGGCGUGGUCGCCCAACGGUGCCAUGCUGGCCUCAGCAGGCAAGGAUGGCAAGAUUCUGAUAUGGGAGACCAAGACGCAGAGUGUGCUCCAGCGCUACGACUACUCAAACGUCAUUGACCUGUGCUGGCACCCGAAAAAGAACAUACUCUCCUUCACUACCACAGACGGUGAAGUCUACAUUUACCCCGACUUUCUCAGUGAGCAGUUUGCGCCCCUUCUCAAGCUCGGCCCCCAGCCAGCACCAUUUAUCCACGACCCCCUGUCCGAGAUUUCCGGCAACAGACAAGUACCAGUUCCCAACUUCCAGAAAACCCAUGACCUUCCCACCCGUCGGCGUCGCGAGUCAUUUGGCAGCCUGGACUCGUUCCUCGGCGGCCCCAAUGCAGAGGAUGACGACUUUGUAGUCGACGACGACAAUGGAGGCUACGCGCCGGGUCCGGGUUUCCUCAAGCGCGGCCGCGAAGAUGAUGAGACGUACGGCGGCCGCACAAACAAGCGCAGACACAUGCCCCUCGAGCCCACCUACCACGAGUCCUUCCAGCCCGGCGCGACGCCGUGGCAGGGGAACCGCAAGUACCUGUGCCUCAACCUCGUCGGCUUCGUGUGGACCAUUGAUCAGGACUCGCACUACACCGUGACGGUCGAGUUCUACGACCACGAGUUCCAGCGCGACUUUCACUUUACUGACACGUUCCACUACGACAAGGCCUGCCUCAACGACCGCGGCUCGCUCUUCUCCUGCCCGCCCAAGGGCGACGACCAGCCCGCGACCAUCUACUAUCGACCGCACGAGAGCUGGACGCAGCGCCUCGACUGGCGCAUCGAGCUUCCCCGCGGCGAGGCCGUUACGGCCAUGUCUCUGAGCGACUCGUUCAUCACCGUCACGACCGACGCCAGCUACGUCCGCGUGUACACGCUCUUUGGCAUGCCGUACCGCGUGUACCGCCCCAAGAGCGCGCCCAUGGUAACGUGCGCGAGCUGGCGCGACUAUGUCAUGACGGUGGGCAACGGGCCGCUGGGGCCGGACGGCACGACGCGUCUGCUGUACACGAUUGAGAAUGUCAAGCGUGACGAAAUCUGCCAGAAUGAAGACACUCUUGCGCUGCCGCCGGGCGAGACCCUCAAGAGCGUAUUCUUCUCCGACAACGGCGACCCCUGCAUAUACGACUCUACAGGCACGCUACUGACGCUGCUGCACUGGCGCCAGCCCUCGCGCGCCUGCUGGGUGCCGCUCCUCGACACCAAGCUCCUCCCUCGCCUGGCCUCUGGCCGCAAGCACGAGACGUACUUCCCCAUUGCCGUGGCUGACCACAAGUUUCACUGCAUCAUCCUCAAGGGCGGCGACAAAUACCCGUACUUUCCCCGGCCCUUGCUUUCCGAGUUUGACUUUUCCAUUCCUCUUUCCUCGCCGCCGAAAGAAAAGGAGCCCAAGCCGAAAAAGAAGAAGAAGCAGCAGCUGCUCGGCGAGAACGGCGAAGACCUCGGUGAUGCGCUCAACGGCGAGCCGCCAUCCGACGAAGAAAUGGAAGACGACAAUGACGACGACGAUGAUGGGCCGGAAGUCGAGGUCGAAGAAGCGUCGGAAACCAAGAAGCUCGAGCAGACAUUCUUGUUAAAGGGCGUUCAGGCCGCGCAGACGCGGGACCUGGUGGACGCGACGACGGGCGCCCACGCGCAGCGCAGCCUGCUCGCGCGGCUGGAGCUCGAGUUGGACAAGACGCUGCUGCAGCUGCUGGCGGUCGAGUGCCGCGAGGGCGAGGAGCGCGGGAUGCGCGCGCUCGAGAUGGUGCGGCUGAUGCGCGACCGCACGGGUCGCAUGAUGGAGGCGGCCGGCAAGGUCGCGGAGCGGUACGGGCGGACGGUCCUGGGGGACAAGAUCCGCGAGGUGGGCGAGAGGAGGGUGGCGGGGGAGGAUGAGGACGAUGUGUAG